AUGUGGCCCCUGCGCAGAGUGGACCCCUGGAGGGGUAGCCGAAGAACGUUCAGCAACAACACAGGGGAGUAUUCGUCCAGCAUCAGCCGAAUCUUUAACAAGCUGAAUGGGAGGUUGAAUGAGAAGCUAAAUGGGAAGUUAAAUGGAAGGGGGGCCAACAGAGGGGGAGACAACCCCCCCGAGGGGAAGCAGUGGGGACAUACUGAUAGGUUACUUGCGGCGGAUCCUAUUGUGAAACAAUUCGAAGGAGCAGUAAAUAAAAUGGAGCUGAGUAGAAUGCUCGGACGGGACCUGUCCUACUGCAUGAAUAUUUUAUCCAAGAUAGAGUAUUUUAGAGGACACCCUUUUUGGGUCAGGGCAUGUAAUCGGUUGGUGAAGGGACACAUGCUACACAGGAUAAACGAAGGAAGUUACUUUAUAAUGGCCAAUUCGCUGAGUAAAGUGGAUCUUCUUUUUGGUGGUGUAGUCCAGGAGGGAAAGAAGCAGACGUCGGAAGGAGUUACAGGAGAGAGGGUUGAAUCUCCUUUUAAGUUCAUCUGCUUCGAUGGCGAUGUCACAGUGGAGAAGGGGAAGACAACAUGUCGAAAGAGUUACCACCAAGUGUAUGACGAAAUAGCGUUUAGAUUUCUCCUCCAGUUGGAGUCCAUGGAUGUGGAUUGCAUAAGUUGUGUUCUAAACAUGUUCGCUAAGCUGAACGUGAGGGAGUAUAAUCUGUUGGGUUACUACUUAGCUGAUUAUGUCGUGUUGGAAGAGUUGAAGUUAGUUCAGGGGGGGGAAAGUAUCCCUAUGUGGGACACUCAAUCCCAUUCAAGUGGGAAGAGAUCCACCAGAAUGAGUAAAGUUAGAAGCUCUUCGAAUGGUAGUGAUAGGACAACUUUACUGCAUGUAGACCGGUGCAGCGUCUCCAAGGUGGUAAUCAUUUUGCACUCAUUGGCAAAGUUGGGGGUGGUACACGUGGAGUUUCUUUCCCUUUGUUGUUUUGUUCUGAGGGAACAUCUUAUGGCGUUGAAUAGCUUAGACAUCUGCAACGUCAUGUAUUCAUUUUCAAAGAUGAUCCCUCUGUCGAGUGGGAGGAAGAAGCACGAUCGGGUUAGUCUUCUUAGAAGAGUUAGAAGCAAAGCUUUCCAGUCCUAUGUCGACACUGUAGUGAAGUGCACCGAGGUGUAUACACCCCGUUAUGGAAACGCAACAAAUUUGCACAAUACGUAUGAUUCACUUUUACGGAAUAAUGUGGAGGGACAACUGAAUCAGUUACACAGGGAGAUCGAAGGGGAGGUAGUUAAGUUGUCCAUGCAGAUUGGCUCAUUGAUGCAGAGGGAACAUGUCCUGGGUAAUUUUACAGCUCUGCAAAUUUCCUCUCUAGCGCUUUCCAUGGCAAAGUUGAAUCUGAAUUUUUACGGCUCUUUUUACGCCAUGAAUAGGGUGGUCCACCACCUGUGGAAGGACUUUUCCCUGCACAGCAUUGCGGAUUUCCUGUUCGGAGUGAACGAGAAGAACAUCUCGGAUGAGCAGGUCACUCUGCUGUUGUGUUACCAGUUUGUGCGUCUCGUUUAUGCCAAGUAUUGUUCCUCCUUAAUGAAGAAAAGGGACUCUUUUUCGGAAAAUCACCUGAACAUGGUCAGGCAAAAUAGGGAACAUAUUUACUUCUUUGAGAAGACGCAAAAGAGGGUGCAUUUUUUAGACGCAAAGGAUUGCUCCUUUGUAGUUCGCAUUUUCCAAUCUUUGGCCAAGUCGGAGGUGCUGGUUGGGGGGGGUACGGUUUCCUUGACUGGCCCUCUGGGGGUGUGCUUUCCCUACGAUGUAUACGCGUUGGGUAAGCAUAGCGGAAAAUUGAAUGGCAUUUCUAGUGACCAGCGGGGUGAUAAGUUAAUUAACCCCCCCCAUCGGCACACUGGAGAAGACCCCCGUUGUUACGAAGAAGGUGUGGGAAGUAACCCCUGGGAAAAACUGAACGAAUACCCAAAUGGAGCUAACCCAACCUUCAGCACCUUUGAAGAGAGUGCCCAAGUGAUCAGGCAACACACCACGCGUACCUUGCACCAUGUCAUUUGGCAACAUUUGGAUUUACUUCCCUUCGAGAGCAAGUCCAUGUUGUGUUACUUUUCUCUGCACGUGCUCGACUUUAUGUUUCCCAUGGGGGGGGGUGUUCCCCACAAUGGUGACUCAUUUUACCUGACCUGUGCAGGCAAAAUGAAAGUUCCAAAUUUUUUUGAUGGGAGCAUUUUAUCCCGGAUGAGCAGAAGCCUCUUCGCAAGGUUGUUGUUUCACGUGUGGGAAUCUAUGGAUCAUAAUUCGCUUAGUGAAGUUACCAUGCGACAGAUUCAUAUAUGCAUUUUGAGCUUUUACCUGGACGUUAUGGGGUUGGUGCGAACGUGGUGGGUCCCCCCAGACGAUAUGCCGAGAUCGUACUGUGUGACCUCAUCGGAGGGGAGCAGCACGAAGAAGUCACUGGAGAAGAAGCCUCCUGCCAAGUGGAGUGAAAAAAUGUUUCAUUACUUCUCCUUGGGGAAGCUCCAGAAGUUGAACGCCUUUUUGGACCUCGCUAGGGUGCGAAGCUGCCAGCAGAAGGAGAUGACCCUGACGUCGAGGACGCAUGCCGAGGUGUACAACUGUCUGAGGAGGAUGAUCGAAGAUUUGAACGGAGCAGGAAAAAGGCGCGUGCUGCACAGCUCCGAGGUGAUAGUUGGACCAUUCGUACUGGAUUGUGUCAUUGAACCGGACGAUUGGGAAGGAGGAAACAUCCCUUCCCAACAGGACGCUGCUUUGGUAUGA